CAGAGGAAGAAACUGAUGAGAUUCUUUGUGUUUAGCUUUAAAACUGAUCCAUAGAAAACACAGUUUAAUGCGCCUUUUUUUGUGCCAAAAAAGCGACUUAUUUCAUCAUGUCUGAUGGGAACACAUCGGGGAUUGAGAGGGGGCUGAAGGUGUUAGCAGAUCGGGUCUCUCAGCCAACAGAGGGGAGCUCUUCCUCUUCCUCCAGGUUCCUGCAGGCUGAGCUGGAGUUAAACGCCCACCUCCGGGGGAUCACCUUCGGAGAGCCCGUCCGCUUUGUUUACAACCCGCUAGAAUACGCUUGGGACACCCACCGCUGCUACGUGGAGAAGUACUGUCUGCCCGGACAGAAGGUCCUGUUCCUGGGGAUGAAUCCUGGACCUUUCGGCAUGGCGCAGACCGGGGUCCCGUUUGGUGAGGUGAAGUCGGUCGUUGAUUGGCUAAAGAUCACAGGGGAGGUUGGUCACCCCGCUGAGGAGCAUCCAAAGAGACGGGUCCUGGGCCUAAGCUGCACUCAAAGUGAAGUGAGCGGCGCUCGGUUUUGGGGUUUCUUCAGAAAACUGUGCGUCGAGCCCGAGCGGUUUUUCCGCCACUGUUUUGUUCACAAUCUGUGCCCACUGAUCUUCAUGAGCGCUAGCGGGAAGAACUUGACGCCCCCCGAGCUUCCUGCAGACAAACGAGAAGCCCUGCUCUCUCUGUGUGAUGCAGCUCUCUGCAAAGUGGUGCAGGCGCUGAACGUUUCCAUGGUGAUCGGUGUGGGGAAGGUUGCAGAGCAACGGGCCCGCCGGGCGCUGUCGGCUGAAGGGAUCGAUGUGCGAGUCGAGGGCAUCAUGCACCCGUCGCCCAGGAACCCUCUGGCCAAUAAGGGCUGGGAGGCGGUGGCUAAAGCCAAGCUGGAAGAACUGGGUGUCCUCUCUCUGCUGAGUAGCAGCUAAUAAGCCUCAGCAGCUGUACGCUCACCCUGAUGGUUAAUCAGGAGACUAGAAGCAGGUGAAAAAUGCUGGCAUAUAUAUCUUCCACCCGUAUCCAGGCUGUUAUCACAAACACUAUCUUAUCUGACCUCAUGUUUUCCCUGAAUGUUUGUGUUUAUUAAUGUUUCCAGGUUUCAAGUGGAGGAAAUAACUGUUGCUCUCCCAUAAAGGCAUGAGCAGUCUCUAUUUUUAUGGUGGGGUUAUUCCACUCAGAGUUAAAAAUAUCAAUGAACGACUCAGAAGAAAGAUAGUAAACAGAUUUAGGGUGGCAUGGUGGACAUGAACGGUUUGAUCAUCAAACAAAACUUGACUUUUAACUUGGUGUAGAAGCUGCUGGUUCCCACAGCUGUUUUAUUAUUAGCAGGGUGCCCAAAUCUGUUUGGUCAGUUUCAUGCAGGCCUUCAUGCAGUCUGGGGAGUUUGGCCUUUUAUCUGUAUUUUCUGGGUUUGGAUAGGUAUGAAGAUGAAAAAUUAGUGUAUAAAAACGAUCUGUAUAUGUUGCAGCCUAUCCUUCUUGUGUUCUAUCUUUUCUUUUAGUUCUUUUGCACCCCUGUGCCUUCUUGAGUCAUUUCUUUCUUCCUUAUGUUAUUGCAUCCUUGUUCUCUGUCUUAAUUCCUUCCAGUUCUUUCAGUCUUUCUCUCCUGUCUUUUCUUUCAUCCUUUCCAUCAUUCAUUUCUUUGUUCCUCACCUUUGCAUCCUUCUCUCAAAUCUUCUUUCCUUCCUGUGACGGUCAUCAUUAUAAUCUUUCUUCGUUUUUCCCUUCCCUAACUUUGUCCUUGCCUCCUUGUUUCUUUCAGUCCUCCCUUGUCUUCUUACCUUUUUCUUUCCUUUUUUUCUUUUCAUUCUUUCCUUUUCUUUCAAUCUGUUUUUUUCCCUUUUUAUUUUAUGAAUCCUUCCGUGUACCUUUACUCAUUCUCCUCCUUGUUUCUCUUGUAUUUCUUUCUCGUUGCACAUUUUUUCUUGUCUUUAUUCAUUUCUUCUUUUCCUUUCCUUCUUUUUUCUCUCCCUUUAUUUUAGAGUUUUUCUUUUUGCUUCUUAUUUGUUAACAAAAACGAUAAAAUACAUUUAUAUCUGUAUUAAUUUGAUACAUUUUUCAAUAAUGUUUAUAUCUAGGUUAAAGCCUUCCCUCACAUGGUUCAUUCAUUUAAUAGCUGAUAUCGGCUGAUUGGCUCAGGCCAGGUAUCGGUAUCAGAUUGGAUCAGAACAAUGGGAUCGGUGCAUCUCUACUUUAUUUACCCUUGCAUCCUUUCUUCCUUAACAACCUUGCUGUACUUUGUCUACUAUAUAUGUAUAGUAAACUUGUUUUUCUGAAUAUCAGAAAUGAGGAAGUCUAUGACUUUGAUCCUGGAAAGUUUUGGGAGUUUUAACUAAAACUAAUUAAUGGGGAAAAAAAACUUUUCAUCUGAAGUUUUGCUAAUGAUUAUCUAAAUGAUAUAGUUUGGUAAAAUGUGCUGCAGUUAGAUGAAGCAAAAUCCAGCUAUUUGACAUCAACUUGAUUUGAUAUUUUAUAAGAACUUGAUAGAUUAAUAGGCAUUUAGCCUGCUGUCUAUCACAGAGGUGGAUAAUUUGUUUUUGACUUUAAAAGACCAAAAGAAAAGGUAAAGUACAACCAGAUCCUGGAGGAGGAUUUCUAACCCCGGCCAGCUGCCUGAACAUCAUUUGUGGAGAAGUGUGCCAUGUUCACAGACUUAAUGCAAGGGCAACAACUCAGCCAGGGAUCAAAUAUUUAUUUCUUCCUUAUAUCUCAGGUUAAGAGGAGAUUUGUUGUUCCCUCUAACUAAUAUGGUGCUUAAACUUAGCCGUAGCUUCAUCUCUACCAAUGUCUGCCAGGGAAGCUGUUUAUCUUUUAGCCUUUUCAGAAGAAGCUAUUUUGUUUGUUUUUUUUAGUUGUUUUUUUUUUUUAUAUAUGUUUUGUUUUAAAAAUGUUUUGCUGUACAUUUUCUCACUACUGUUAUCUUGUUGGGCUUCACGUCUGUUUUUUGUUU